CGAAACCACUGCUUACGAUGGAGGCAAAACUAAAAGCUCUCAAGGUUGCAGACCUUAAAGAAAUACUCGUCAAGGCAUCUGCGCCUGCCCCGGGAAGAGUAAACAAGCAGGACCUCAUCAACAGGAUCCUCGCCAACCCAGCCGCAGUGAAAGUCUACGAGGAACUCUAUCCGGCUCCAAAGCCAACAUCAAAUGCUACGUUUACCCCAACCAGCCCACCCAAAAAUGCACCACCACCUUCCAACAAUGAUGACCUUCUUGCACCUCCAGAAGACCUUGACUGGUCUGCUAUGGAUACUGGCGAUGUGCCGCCUAUGACCGCGUCCCCAGCGAAAAAUCCGGUCGCACCACAGCAACCUCCGCCCACGAAGCCGACCCAAGAAGACUGCGCGACACCAUCGAAGGCGCCCCCCGCACCUGCCAGUUCCACGAAAACAUCACCCCUUCCUGCCAAUGGCACCAAGGCGGAUAAGCCUACGGUUGUAGAUGAGGAACUUGAGAAACGCAAGGCGCGUGCAGAACGCUUCGGAAUCCCACUUGUAGAACCCAGACAGCCCUUUCAACGUCAAGCGAGGAAGGUUUCUGAGGCGAAGCAGGCAGGCCCAUUUCUUGAUGAUGCGGAUAAGUUGAAGAAACGUGCUGAACGUUUUGGAGCAAGUAGUUCGCCCGGGCAACUAGCCAGGUCAGGCUCGAAGAGGGCUGCCCCGGAGGAGGUCGAUGCGGAAGAACUCGAGCGUCGACGGAAACGUGCUGAACGUUUCGCAAUGCCUGCCAAUAAAGUUUGACCUAUCUCUCCACUAGUCGAGCCCCUUUCCUAUAGUAGACUUGUGAAUUGUGUAUUUAGUUUAUUUUGGUGUGUCGGUGGCUGUGUAGCGUGCCUGACCCGUGUGAACGUUUCACCAUUUAUGGAUUGCGAGU